CUUCUGCUCCCCCGAGAGCAGAGCGACAGUGCGUACUCUCAUCACGAUCACAACGAGACGACAUCUCGCCGCGCGAGGUUGUCGUCGGCGCGAGAUGCGUGCAACACUACGCGCGCUUUUACAAAACACCCGUGCCUUCAGUGUCCCAAUAAGACUGUAAAUCUGUGCUCAAAAUUAUAAUUAUUAUUAAGGUGAUCUGUGACUGACUGGACAGUUAGUGAUAUUGGACUGUUAAUUUUGAGGGCUCCGGCUGAUAUCGCGAAAAUUAUCCACCAUUGGGCGCCGUCGCGGUCGCACGUCGCGGGCCAUGCAGGGAGCUGCUAGCGCCCCCGCGCCCCCCGCGGCCGAACCACCGGCAUCGAAACAAAUCAAAACAGAGGACAUCAGCGAGGCGAAAAUAGAAGCCGAGGAAAUGGAACAACUUAAAAUUGAACAGCAAGAAAUGCGCGUUCGUACGACCAGUAUAGACAGCGACAAUAGGUCGGACAGGAGUGACGAAGAGGACAGGCGAGCUCGCAAGAGGGCCGCUACCUCCUCGCCUUCUCCAUUCCCGAUGGACAAGAGGAUCGCGCGCGUCGAGUGCCCCAAGUGCAGGCAACGAUUCGACUCUGUCAAUGCGUACAAAAUCCACUGCUACACAGCCCACGGCGACGAAGUCAGGCCAGGUUACGACGACAUGAACUACGACUUCUCAAACAAGCGUGUCCAUGAGAUCAUGAGGAAACCACAAAUGAUGCCAGAGCAACGCUUCCGAUGCGACUCUUGCUCCAGAGAAUUCCCCACUACCACAGCAUUGGACAUCCACAAAAAGACCUGCAUAACUAGAGUCGCCAGCCCUGAACGUAUCAGACGGGACGAUUUCUUAGAAAAAUUGGAGCUCAGGAAUAGAACUUACGCCAUUUCUGGCACUCUGACCCCGCCGAUGGAAAGAUUUGCGCCAAAGUUUGAAGAUGGACAUCUCGCAAACGGUAUACGUCACAUUGAUGCCGCGCGUGAUUUGGCUGACAUCCAAUCCAUUUUAAACGUAACUUCGGCUGGUGGGCUUUUAGAGAGACUGACAGGUACAAGAGUUGCUUUAGAAAGCUCUGUUCUUACGCCCCCCGAUACUAUUAUAAAAGAAAGAGAACCCGAAGAAACUCAAGACAAUUUCGCAGCAGAGUUUAGAAGGAUGAAACUGCGCGGAGAGUUUCCUUGUAGAUUGUGUCCAGCCAAGUUCCCGAAUCUCAGAGCUUUGAAGGGACAUAACAGAGUCCAUCUCAGUGGGACCGGGCCUGGACCGUAUCAAUGCAAUAUGUGCCCUCACGCUUCUCUGGAUAAAGCUGCUCUGGUCAGACACAUGCGCACUCAUAAUGGGGACCGACCGUACGAAUGCGCCGUCUGCAAUUACGCGUUUACUACCAAAGCAAACUGCGAGAGACAUUUAAGAAACCGCCAUGCAAAAGUGACGCGAGAAGAUGUCAAACGCUCGAUUAUAUACCACCCAUCCGAAGACCCUAACAAUGAUGAGGUCAAUUCCAAGCUCGCUCGUGAUGACGUGAAGAGAUCCUUGGCGUUCCACACACCUGAAGUCGAAAGACGAAAUGAUACCACCGGUCGUAACACACCGCUCACCCAUUUCACACCAAGCUUCAUUACUGACAGGCAUCCAGUUGCGUCCCUUUCAACCAAACCGAUAAUUGAAGCCCCAAUAAUCCCCAGAGAGCCAGAUCAGCCUGGACAAAGAAUCAAAGUGAAAGGCAUUGAACAGCUGACGCAAAUACCAGAGUAUAGGCCACCAGAACCAAUAUACAAGCCUAGCGAAGUUCAUUCAGAUACUUAUGACGAGGAAGCUCCAGUUGAUCUGAGUACGAGUGACAACAAUAGCUGCGAUGUUUUAGACUUAAGUAAAAAGAAACGUGACAACGACGAAGAGCCUAAAGCUCCGCCAAGACCUUCUUUCGAACCAGACCCUGCUGCUGUCGCAGCUUCGGCUUUCGAAAAGACAAGUUUCUUGUUAGCCCAGCAGAGAAUUUUCGAAAAUUCCUUUCCUAAAAUAGAUCUCGCUUAUUAUGCCACACAUCUUUCUCAACUAUAUGCGGGUACUGUCCCCGGUCUGACGGGACUCCCGCUGCCUCCGUCCUUUCCUUACUUUCUUCAACCCCCGUUUUUUCCUAACCCAUCAGACUCACAAGACAUUGCCGAAAUGAAGCAACGUAUACAAAAAGAAAUAAUACGCACUCAAAAUAUGUCUGGUGGGCGGCUAAUUCCCAACGAACAAGAAACUCAACCAAAGCAGGAGUCAGAAGAAGAGGAGGUAAAGCCCGUUCCGCAGUCAAUAUCGCCCGCGUUGUCUCCACAAACCGAAUCUCCGCGGCCAUUAAGCAGCAAUCUCGUCCCACAAACGGAUUCUGUGAAAAUGGUUAUAAAAAACGGCGUACUUAUGCCGAAACAAAAGCAGCGACGGUACCGUACUGAGAGACCUUUCUCUUGCUCUCAAUGCACCGCGAGAUUCACUCUCCGCUCUAAUAUGGAGCGCCAUGUUAAACAGCAGCAUCCUCAGCAUUGGAGUGUUAGGAGACCAGCGCCCAGGGCUCCCCCGCCGUACCCUACACCGGACACGCUAGCUGAUCGUGUCAAGUUCGCACUUUUAGCUCGCCAUCUUGAACGUCCCUUACAACAACCAGAACGUUCACCAGUCCGUCGUGACUCAGAUGAAGUUGCUGAUAACGAAGAAGAUGAGGAUGAUACCUUAGUAAUAGAUGAGGAACCAGAGCAGGACAUUAAGCCUGAAGACCACACAGCGGCUCGUAGAGCUGCCGCUGAAAUAUUAAUGGCGACUUGUCAACAAGAAAUGAAUAAAGAUUUUGAUCUUAAAAUCGCCGGGAAUUUGAUUAAUAAACCCAUUCCGAUUCCGGCGGACAAGAUUGAAGCAGGGACUGAUGCUAUAACGGCUGGUCAAGAGCAACUUCCUGUACCAGUAGUGCCCGCGCGGAGUGAUGAAGAGGAAGAUGAAGAGGGUCUAGUAGCAUCGACCAGCGAAGGGAAUAACUCUGGAAGCGAUGAAAACAAGUCGGAAUCAGACACCACACAGCCACCAAAGAAGAAGUCUGCAUACAGCCUGGCACCGAACCGUGUGUCCUGUCCAUACUGCCACCGAAAGUUCCCGUGGUCUUCAUCGCUGCGGCGCCACGUCUUAACGCACACCGGGCAGAAACCCUUCAAAUGCCCACACUGUCCGUUGCUUUUCACCACGAAGUCGAACUGCGACCGCCAUUUAUUGAGGAAACAUGGGGGUUCAGCCCGUGCUAUACUGGCCGAGCCGAUACCUGACGCUAUAUCGCCUCCCCAACCUACAAAUGAUGCUCGUAGCGUGCCUGAGAGACCCUUUAAAUGCACAUCGUGCCCGACUAGCACUUUCUCCUCCCUGGAGACUUUGAAGAAGCACAUGUCUUCGCGACACGGCACUGACUCCCAACCAGGGUCUCCGAACCCAGAGGUAGACGACAACUCUGACUGCGGUUUGGUUUUCAAGUGCCAUUUGUGUGAAGCGUCGUUUGGAGAUAGAAGUGCUGCUCUGGCUCAUUUGGGAGCAGCACAUACCACAGAGUACGAGCAGUUGGUGAAUAAAGGCGCUUUGGAUGCCGCCAGUGACCGUAGCGAGAGCGCAGACGAUGACGAGAGGGGCAAGUUCCCUGAUCACGCUAACAGAAAGGUCGUCUGUGCUUUCUGCGUACGUCGCUUCUGGUCAGCCGAGGAUUUGCGCCGUCACAUGCGGACGCACUCGGGCGAGAGACCCUUCGCCUGUGAUUUGUGCACUCGCCGGUUCACGCUCAAACACAGCAUGCUGCGCCACCGCAAGAAGCACAGGGAGGAAGUCACUGAUGAUGAGGAGGCUUCACCCCCUAACACGCCUUUGGAACAUGGCGUCACUAAUGGCUACCGUUACCAAGACGACGACGGCUCCGGCAACGAGAUCCCAAGCAACGUGAACAACAACAACUCUCCUCCAUCCGCGCCGUACGAGAAGAAACUCAAACUCGACAUGACGUCGCGCAAAUACUCGUCCGAAGCCGACAACGACGGCGAAAAUGGCACAGACCUUAUUGGAAAACUGCUCGGAAUCCCUGACAAGACGAUCAACAAGCUGCUCUCUUCAGCUGAUGAGGCAGCAAAGAUCCUCGGCGUCAACAAAUGAGAGUACGCCUUAGUCCUCGUGACGCCUGCGAGACUGAUCCUGGCGCCGCGUGGACUAAAACUGCCGGUCAAACAAAAUACAACGCCAUCUAUCAACGAGUAAUAUAACUACGCGUGUAAAUAGCUUCUUAGUGCCUUGAGCUGCCUUACUGUAUACCGUCCUGUAUGCCUUGUAGCUUGCAUAAAGUGGGUGUAUCAACGAAUAUUUUCUUUAGUGCCAGUUAAAAGUACACGAAUGUUUGAAUUUUAGUAUGUUAUACUCAUAAUAUGUGUAAGGUAGGGUAAGAUUGUAAAAUAAGCACAAUAUGUUUUAAACGAGCUCUGAGCAACGAUUAUGCAUUUCCAUCUAGUCGCGUACUGUUUCCCUUUAUCUAACUCCACAUUAAUACAGCCAAAAACUUUUGUUUCGCAAAUCCAAAAUUAUCUAGUCAAUUUUUAAACGAUUUUGUCUUAUCCUAAGCUAUAAUACCAAAAUAUCAAAUAGAAUUAAAACAAUAUAUAAGGUUACUGUUAAUUAAUCAACCAAUGAUAGAUCUAAGGGUUUCGAUUGGAUUCAAGUUUAUAUGCUAUACUACCCUUUAAUGAAUAGCUUAUCUACAUUUCUUCUAGCUUAUAUACUUCAAACUUUCUCUUAUUAGUAUAUAGUGUGAUUGUAAAAUAUCGUAAUGUUUUAUUUGCUCAAAUCCAUGGCAUUUCUUUUACCGACAAAUAGGGGGAUAAAUUAAGUUUAAAAGAAAUUAGGAUCUCUUAAGUUAUUCAGAUAGUUUGUAAAUAUUUUGAAUGUUGGUGGACUCGUUCACCAGUAUGGGGCGUAGUUUUUUUUUUUAUAUAUUUAGUUAUUUCGUUUUUUCACUUAUUCUAAAAAUUUUAUUGAGAAUAUAUUAUUUUAUUAAGUAUUAUUGGUGCAGCAAUAUUCAAGGGUUAUAAACUCUGAUAGAUAUAGAUAUAAGGUAAAUUGUCUCCUGCAAAGGUUCGACACGUCAUACGCUAGAAUAUACCUAAGUCCAAAAGUGCUUUGUAUAUUUAGAAUGCUAAAAUAUAUACCAAAUAUAUUAUCGUAUAUUAACAUUUUAUUAUCAACACUUUGUGUGAAGGAAUUAUGUUAGCAAUAAUUAUAUUAAGGGUUGGCUUUUCUAUUUAACUUAAGAAUAUUGUGUAUGUGAUUGUAUUAUAAAGUAAUUCGAAUGCAAAAGAGAAAAUAUGCCUGAUUAGUGUUUGUUUAUACUUACACAGUUAAUUAAAUUAUGAUUUAUUUACAUUUUAAUCUGAGAGAGUAAAGGUAUCUUUAUUUUACAUAUACUGAUAGCUUGUUUUUUUUAAUAAAAUAAAUAAGUCGUCAAGUGUUAACGAGCAUGCCAUUUUGAUUGUUUAAUAAUAUUUUUCUCUUUUGCAUAAGGCUGAAAAUAAUAUAGAAUACCUAAUGUAUACCAAAGUAAGUUAUCAUUUUAAGUGUACAUUGUUUUAAAGAUAUCCUGCUUUAUGUCAAUUAUAGUUAGAAAUGAAAAUGAUUUUUGAUAUUGUAAUUUAUAAUUUAUAUUUGAUAAUUUGCUACGAUUUAAUACUUUCGUAUGUAGUUAUUGCACUGAAUAGUUUACAGCGAAGUGUAGAUAUAAUUAAAAUCGUAAUUAAUAUAAACAGCACGUUAAGCUUCUUUAAUUGAUUUAAUUUGCGCAUAAUUUCGAUGAAAUUGGUAUUGUAAAGAUUUAUAUAAAAACUUUGGAUGAAAGUAAUUAUACACCUUGUAUGAAUAAAGUUACAUAAAUAUAAGUAGUAAUCUCGUACUUAUUAGAAUAAAUAGUAUUAAGUUAAUUUAAGAAUUGUGGCAACACCGCUUGGCCUUUCAAAAUGUAGUUGUGUGUUUUUAAACAUCGUUAUUGUAUAAGUUAUAUGAUAAUAUAAAUUUUAAUUAUAUUUAAAGCAUGAUUUUAAUAGUAAUUAUUGUAUUUAUAAGGUUUACCGUUUCACCUUUUUGCCUCUCUUUCUUUAUGCAAUAUGAGUGUCGUUUUAAAAACGUUUUUUUGUGAAAUAAAUAUUGCGUAUCAUUAAAUAAA